AUGCCGUCCGGCAAAUCAGCCCAGUCUUCAGAAGAAGACCUGCCACCCUUCCCCAGCCCAGAAAUCUCUUCCCUCGUUCUCGAAGGCAAACCCGGCGCAAAAGUCCAUUACACCUACUACCCACCCUCAGCCUCCACACCCCACAGACCCAACCCCUUCGCGCAAUCUCUCGUCGUCUUCCUCAAUGGACUAAUGCUGCCACGCUCCUCUUGGGACCAGUCAAUUCAAAGCUUCCUCAACAAAAGAAUAAACAACCGGCUUCCCUACCCAGCGCUCCUCAGCUACGACAGAUACGGGCAAGGCGACAGCGACCGAGAUCCAGACGAUAAAGAGCCUCCGCCCUGCCAUGGCCAUGACUGUAUGAGCGCUGUUCACGCGCUCCGCCAGUUUACGCUGCAGAUAUGGAAAGAACACCUCGAUAUCACAAACCCCACCGUUUUCCCUUCCCUCAUCUUGGUCUGCAACUCCAUCGGCUGCGCCCUUGCGCGACUCUUCGCACACACCUACCCCGGCACUGUCUCCGGCCUCCUCUUCCUCAACUCCAUUAUGGCCAAUUCAGAUUUCGUCUCUUUGUGGCCAAAUCCCGAUACACCCGGCUUCGACCCGCACACGCUUCCCCCCGGCGUAUCCGAGAAAGACGUCCGCGAAACGCGUGAGAUGUACAGAAGAAUGUUCCACCCGGACGCGCCUAACAAUGAAGGCCUCUCGCGCCGCAACCUCGCCACUCUCCUCCCUCAGUCAGACGCUCCAAAGCUUGAAGGCUAUGGCGGCCAGGGACCCUACCUCACCGUCGUAGGACACGAUUGGGAGACCUUCGCCGAGCAAUCAUACACUGGAAUUUUGCAUACGCCCAAGAUUCUGACCAUGACGUACGCCAAUCCGGCUUGGCAAAAGUACAAUGAAGGUCUUGUCAAGAUUACGGAUGAAGAGAAUGCGAUAGGUCCCAUUGUAGCGGUCGGCUGUGGGCACUUUGUGCAGAAAGACGGGCCGGGCUUUGUAAGCGAUGAGCUGGUUAGUUUGUUGGAUAGAGUGGUGAAUCGGGUAGAGCAGGUUAGUGAGCGGGAUAAUGGGGGGUAG